AUGCAGCCGCCUCGCUCGGACCCCAGCCUGCAGGAGCUCUAUCCUCGCAAGGGGAGUGGUGGGAAGGGCGGCGGCGGUGGCGGUGGGAAGGGCGGCGGCAGCAGCGGUGGAGGAAAAGGCGGCAGCGGUUCAGGCGCCACGAAGAGCGUGCCUGUGUCUGGCGCGACAGGCGGGCGCUCUGUUGCCCAGGCUUAUGGUUUUGGUGGUGGCAAGGUGUCGACGAUUCCCUCCGGACAGCUGUUUGCUGGGCGAUCCUUGGGAGGAGGCACCCGAAGUCAGGUCUUUGGGACGCGGUCAUACGGGAGCGGCUAUCCUGGACUCGCAGGAGGCAGUAUCGCGGGAAGGGGGUUUCCGUUCAUCUUUUGGCCCGUAGUGUGGGGCGCCUAUCCGGGAUUUGGUCCACAUUAUCUGCACAGCGGCGAGUACGGUCGACCAGACAACACGACCCGCCCAGGCGGUGCGCUCGCAGACGCGACGUUCACGUCGAGCACCUCGAACAGCACCUUCUUCAUCGUCGCCGACAACAGCACCGUCGCCUCGCUCAUCGACUCCAUCGCCGGCAACUGCACGCUCGGCAACGCGUCGUCCACGGCGCCGACGCUGUACAACGCGACGGGCGCCGAGCCGAAGCCGGAGCAGGCGGUCCAGUACUACCGCGCGAGCUCGGUGGUGCUCCUCCUGGGCGGGUACAACAACACGAACGCGCUCGGGAACGACACGGACGCGACGGCGGUGCCGCUGCCGGGCUGGGUCGACCAGACGCUGCUCACCUGCUUGAACGACACGAUCGGCGCGUCUGCGCCCUUGUUCGCGAGCGCACAGGGCCGGCUGUAUGCGCCGAAUCUGGGCGGGCUGGUCGCGUUGGUGUUCGUCGUGUGGCGGCUGUUUGGCUUAUGA